ACUUGUAUGGAACUAUAUUCGAUAUUUGCAUCUUCGGAACUAUCACGCUGGACCUAAAGCCCUAGUCGCUCUCAUUCGUUUGGAGUAUUGAAUCGUUAACGCCAGAGACUUGGCACGUCGAAUUGUUCGCUCCUGUGUACACUGCGUUCGCUACAGACCGAAGCUGCUACAACAACUCAUGGGCUCAUUACCGCCUACGCGACUCGCUCCGGCUCGACCCUUUGAACGCUGUGGAGUUGACUUUUGUGGACCCAUCAACACAUAUCUACGCAUUCGAGGAAAGGGACCUACAAAAUCAUACAUAGUCGUGUUCGUUUGCCUUCUCACCAAGGCCGUUCACAUCGAAGUAGUCUCUGAUUUGUCAACAAAGGCGUUCUUAAACGCAUUGAAACGGAUGGGAGGUCGUCGCAAGCUGCCGACAGACAUCUUCUGCGAUAAUUCCACUAACUUUGGCACCUCAUUUCGGAGGCCUGUGGGAAGCGGCAGUUAAGAGUGCAAAGGGGCUGUUAAAUCGUACGCUGGCCAACACCAG